AUGGUUUUGGAAGCUGGUUCAAAUCCGAUAGAAACAAUUAAACACCCUGGGGAAUUCGACACAAUGUUGAAAACAGUUUUAUAUCCUAAAGAUUUCGAUUCAGUCUCGGGUUGGAUACCCGAUGUUGGUGAUGGAAUUGUUUUAAAAGAACCGGUAGGAAAUGAUGCUGAUUUAGAUAGAGUGAGAGUUGUUGCUCGACACACGAUAGAAAGAGUAGCACGAGCAGCUAAAUCAUGGAUUCGAAAAACGAAGAAUGGUUCAGAUGCAAAAUUAGAAAUAACGAAUCUCCAACUUUUUAUACCCGUAAUAACACCAUCAAUUGAAGUAGAAACGAGAAUAUUCAACUCGUUAACUAAAGAUAUUGAAAUAGCUUUUCUUCGUCGUAAUACGAUAUUUAAACUCAACGAUAAUAUUCUUUGUAAAACUGUACAUAAAUGGGCCAGUAGACGUAAGUCUUCCUGGGAUCACCGAGUAUUAAGUAUCGGUCGAGAACUACAUGUAUUAAAUGAUCAAAGUGACGCUGUAUGUAUUGAUGAUGUGUGGGAUAGUCUAUGGGAAAGGGAAGUGGCGGUUACUGGAAUAGCAAAAACAGUCCUCUCAAAGAAAGCAGCUGCUGCUAAAGCCGCUGAAGAACGCAGACAUAAUUUAGCAAUUGAAAAGGAGGCACGAGGUACAGGAGUGGGAGAAACGAUAGGCACAAUAAAACAAUUUGGAAAAAGAUUUGGGGAAGAAACCAAGAAAACUGUUAAACAAGGAUUAAAUAAAUUAGUAGAUAGUAUUGACACGGGAGAAGUCAAACAUAGGGAUAAUGGAAUAUUUUUAAAAAAUAUACACACUAGAGAAGGAAUAUUUCUUUCAAAGUAUAAAGGGGAAAGAGUGAUUUUUGGAACAAAUUAG